AACAGCAGACAAACAGACCGUCCCACUCAAAUUCUCCUAAUACACUCUUGUAGAGAACUGCAGGAUGCCGUCCCUUAAAUCCCCGCUCGGACUCCUCACUGUUUUGGUUUUCCAUCUUCUGCAAACACACUCUUCUAAUGGUCAGUCCCAAUUAAUUGGUCCAUCUCAGCCAAUAUUGGCAACAGUUGGUGAUGACAUCAUUCUGCCAUGUCAUCUGGAACCUGCAGAAGAUGUUACUGUAAAAAUAUUGGAGUGGACAAGAUCUGACCUGAAGCCCAGUUAUGUCCAUGUGGCGCGUUCAGGUCAGGACCUAAGGGAACUAAAACAUCCAUCCUACAAGGACAGAACAUCACUGAUCAUUGAAGAGCUGAAGCACGGGAACAUUUCACUGAAACUCUCCAAAGUGAAACUGUCUGAUAAGGGAACUUAUAAAUGCUACAUUCAUGAAAAUAGACAGUCUUUUGUUAAGCUGGUUGUUGUAUCAGAUGCUGUCUCUUCAGCUGUCAUCAGGUUAGCAGGUACUGACAGAGACAGAGGAGGAGUGGUGUUACAGUGUGAGUCUAAAGGCUGGCAUCCACAGCCUGAGGUGUUCUGGCUGGACGGUGAGGGAAACCUCCUCUCUGCUGGACCUACAGAGACAGUCAGAGGUCCUGAUGGUCUCUAUACUGUCAGCAGCAGAGUGACUGUGGAGAAGAGUCAUAACAACAACUUCACCUGUAGAGUCCGACAGAACAAUCAGACCAGAGAGACACACAUCUAUAUACCAGAUGAUUUCUUUCUGAUCCCGGACCAGCCUGGUUCUAAAUGCAGUUCCAGUUCAUCUGUUCCUACCAUCAUUGGCGUGAUUAUUGGCAACAUCCUUAUUCUUGCAGUUGUUUUUGUCGUGUGGAAAUUGAGACAAAACAAACUCAAGAACAAGAAGAAAAACCAGGAUGAAGAAACACAGAGAAUGAGAAAGACAAGCAACUCCACAAGUAAUGAUCCAGAACAAGAAUCCCUGAUAAAAACAGAGAAAGAAAGAGAGAUGAUGAAGAAUGAGGACAAGAAGAUGAACUCCUUAAGUGAAGAAACACAACUUCAAUGUGAAACAGGGAAGGAAACACAUCAAAGAGAAACUAACAAUGUUCUGGUCCAGACACAAGAAGGAACAGUGCAACAAUCUGUUAAUGAAGUAGCAAACCUUUCUGUUCCAGUAAAGGAAGAAACAGACAAACUACUGAAAGAAGGAAGGACAAAAACUGGUUUGGACAAGAGAGAAAAAGAGACUGGACCAACAACUAAAAGAGCAGAAGCUACAGCUUCAGCAGAAACAUGCCAACAACAGUCAGAGCAACAGUCUGUAAAUAAUGAUGGAGAAGGACAACCAAAGGGUAUCAUAGCAGGAGAAGUAAAGAAAAACGAUGAAGAUGAAGAAAAGAAAACACAAUCUACAACUGAAGCAGAAAAAGAGAAGGAGACAGAAGUGGACAAUGAGAGGGAAAGACUUCUGAAACAACUAAAGACAAAAGAAAGAGAAGAGAAAACAUAUCAAGAAAAGAUUUUAAAAUAUGAUAGAAAUAUUACGGAACACAAGUUUAAGAUAAACCAACUCAGAGCACAGUUGGAGGAGGUGGAGAAGAAGCUUCAGUUUGUAAACAGUGAAACAGACGAGAUGGAUGCUGAAACACAGAAAGUGGAAAAACAUAUAAAGAAUGAUCUGGAGAGGAAGAAGGCAGAACUUCAGGAAGACUUACAAAAAACAGAGAAAGCACUGCAAAGAAACAAGUGUGAUUUAAAUCAUGCAACAGAAAAGAAAAUGAAAAUAAUAAAUGAAAAGAAAGAGAUUAUUGAAAAAUUAGAGGAGAUUGAAAACCAGAGAACAAAUCAGAGUGAUUCAGACGAGGAUCUUUGAUGCUAUAAAAGUCAAAAGAGGAGCAACAAACAAACUUUAAAUUCUUCAGCUAUUAGAGGCUCAAUAAAAAUGUUUGUAUUUGAAGCAUUUACAUGUUUAAUGUAAUAACUGAAUAUGGAAAUCAUUUUCAGCAGAUAAACUGACAUUUAUUGUGCUAAUUUGGAUUCAGAGAAGAUUUAAAAUUGCUGAAAUAAUUUUACUUGUCUAUUAGGAAAAGUUUGUUAAAAAAGAGGUGAUAGGCAUUCAUACAAAUACAAACAUGCAUUAUCUUAAGUUAGUUACACAAUAGCGGUUUUAUACAGAGGAAGAAAAGACACUCAGUGUGCAGUGCUGCCUGAAGCAUUUUUAUGAAGAGCUGAACUGUAUUGUCUACAUUUUCUGUCCUUUGAGUACAGGAAGCCGACCAUCUUCUCAAUUAUGUUUUCAAUCAUUCAAUUAGAUGUUCGUUUCAUAAAAUGUCCUCAAAUGUAUUGUUUAAUCUAUAAUACAACACAUUCAGUUCACAGAAAUUUUACUUUUAUUUUUCUUAAAAUGAUCAAUUGAUUGUUAAAAUACUUGGCUAAAAAUUAAAUUCUUGGCUUGGAUUAAUUGACUAAUCGUUGCAGACCUAGUUAAGUGAAACAGGAAACUGAUCAAAUUUUAAUUUAACUAAAUGAACCGUUGCCUUCAGCAUAGUGUAAAUAUAUAUCCAAACUUAAGAUAUAGAUUUUUGUCUUUUUAUAGAGUUUAAAAUUAAAAAAGAAAACAUGUCUCUCUCUUCUCUUUUAUCUUCUCUCUCCUUUUUCUUUUUAAAUUUAGGUACUCUUUUUAAAAAAUAAUACAUACCUUGAGCCUUUAAUGUCACCUGCUGUGAAUUUGACAAUAACAGCUCUUGAAUCUUGACUGGGGUUCGACUGUAAAAACCUAAUUCUGCCGUCAGUGAAGUGGUUCAGGUUGAGUUUAUUGGUGAAAAUGUAUUGUGUAUAUAAUGUAUAUAUUGUGUUCAAGACUUUUGUAGCUGUAAUAACUGUUAUAAUAACUGUAAAAUAAAGUGAUUUACCUAG